AUGAUUAUAGAGCUCAAUGAAAAGUUAGAGACUCAGACACUUCUAAGUUCGGAGUGCCUGAAAUGGUUCCAACAGAGCGGAGCUCAGCCAUCGGGAUGUUUGCUUGUGGGUCAGAAAACAGCCAUUCUGACUAUUCAGAUUCCAGGAAUCCAGGAUCCAUUCUCAGUGCUUUGUGACGCCGAUGUUAAGGGUCCCGGUUGGACAGUGAUUCAGAGGCGCCUCGACGGUUCGGUAGAUUUCUACAGAAACCUUAGCGAUUACCGCAUGGGUUUUGGAGAUUUGAAUGGGGAGUUUUUCAUUGGCCUGGACAAGCUUCAUCAGUUAACGAUGUUCCAGCAGCACGAGCUGCUCGUGCGCCUUCAGUUUUUCAAUGGAUCCACGCAGUUUGCCAGCUACGAUAACUUCAUAGUGGGUGGAGAGCAGCAGGACUUUGCUCUGCUAAGUAUUGGGGAAUUUAGCGGAAGUGCGGCAAACGGGCUGCUGUGGAAUCUCAAUCGAAAGUAUACCACUCGCGACAGUGACAAGGAUCAGAUUAUCAACCGAAAUUGCGCCGAAGAUUGCCACGGGGCCUGGUGGUACAGUUUUUGUGGUGACACGAAUCUUAAUGGCAAAUACUACAACGAGAUGAUAAGCCGUAGAGAGGACAGCAUUAUGUGGGCCAAAAGCCAUAACAUCAAAGUUGUGGAUAUGCUAAUCCGUCCAAAGCUUAAUAGAUCUUAA